AUGCGCAGUUGGCGGAGGUCUGGGAGUGUCUGAGCUGCUCGUUGGACGUGAAUCCCACCCGCAGUAAGUGAACCCAGGAGCAUCUGCAUGAACAAUGAACCGGCUGACUGGGGAGGAGAUGAUUUGAAACGGACAUGAACGGGACGUUAGAGGAGGGUCGAGGCGAUGGGAAUCCACACCAGCAGUGAUUUUUCACGAGAUUUCCGUGGGGUGAAUGACCUCUAACGGUAUAAGGAAUUAGUAAUUUGUAAUACUUUGUUGUCUGGAGAGCCAAUCCUCUUAACAGACUGAUAGCAUUACAUUGGCGUCUGCGCUUUUUAAUGAACUUUCACCGUUUCCGUCAUUAAUUCAGCUGCAUAUCUGAAGGUUUAAUCACCGCAGUGUCUAUUUAUGUAUCUUCAAUAAUGUGUGGUUACUGAGUGGCCUGCUAGAUCUAACCAAAGUGCUAAAUAGUUACAGAAAACUAAUUAUCUAUUUAUAACAUAUGAUUUCUAUUUGUUUUUCUUGAAUCAUAUGUGCAGCAUUAGCUAUUUCAAAUACAGAAGUGAAUCUGAAUAAAAGAUUUUCAGCUCUAUUUCAAGCACACCACAGCUUUGACUUUUGUUUUUGAGACAUUACUGGCACAAUAAGCUGCUGGGUGUCAUGAGGUGGCCAUCUGUUGUGGGAUCCUGCUCAAACCUGCGAGCAGAUUAACCAGUGAGAGGUCCAAGGCAUCAGCAGGCUGGACGUUUGUGUGCCUGGAGGAGGAGGAGGAGGAGGAGAAGAAGAAGAAGGGAUGCUGAGAGCCACUGUGGGCUGUGUGCAGGAGAGAGAUGAGGAGCAGGAGGAUGAAGGUGAAGAAGAACUGAGGGAUGGAGGAGUGCCUUUCUAUGUCAAUAGAGGAGGCCUACCGGUGGAUGAGGAGACAUGGGAGAGGAUGUGGCGCCAUGUGGCUCGAAUUCACCCCAAUGGUGAGGCUUUGGGGAAGGAGAUCCGAGGUGCCACUGACCUUCCCAAGGUAAACAUGCUGGAUAUGUAAAAAUGCAACUGACAUUUACACCAUGCAUCUAAACCUAACAGCCAGCUGAGAUACUAUUAACACCCAUGUGUUGUGGGAAGUUUUAUCACAGUGUAACUAUGCAAUCACACAUGACUGCUAGAGAGCCACACUCUACUAAUUCAUCUUUAAAAAGCUGUCUUUGCCUGUUAUUUUUUUUUCUGCAGCAAAAUAUAAAGAUCUCUUUGUACAUCCUGGCUGGUAGUAUGUAUCAUUUGCAUGCUGCAGAUGUUCAGGGGAAUAGGCCUUUUCAUUCAUUCCUCUCAAGAUUGGUUAAAGAGCUACUGAAACAAGACAAGACUACACAUUUUGACUUCAGUGAAUAUUGGGAUUGUUUAAUGCAGCUGUUUGGAUGCCCUUUCCCACAGAUUCCAAUACCGAGUGUGCCUACAUACCAACCUACCACCACUGUCCCACAGCGUCUGGAAGCCAUACAGAAAUACAUCAGGGAAUUGCAGUAUCCUUUGACAGAGUUGGUAGAUUUUUGGCGGGUUACCACCAUAGUAGACUGAGGUUUGUUAUGAUAUGCAUAAGAUUUUUGAGAUAGAUUGUACACACUAAUCUUAGCACUUAAAUAGAUUAAAACAGAAUGAAAAUAAAAAAGAAUAAUGCUUACAAGAAUAUUUUAUUAAUCCCACUGACCCAUUGUUUUAACACACUUUGAUAAAUAUGGGGCAAACGUGAGAAAGUAGGCCACUGUCUCAAUAUUCUAUAUUAAGCUUGAUUUUCAGUCAGAGCAGAGAUUCAUCCAUAAUUAACCAACAACCUAUGAAUAUCACAAAGCGCUCUAAGUGAUUGUGUCUUCUUACUGCUGGCUUGGGGUAGAGUUUUCUCUCAAAGCAGAGUCACGAUGCCCUCUCAUUAUAUGACCUUAACUGUUACCCAUAGGUACAAUCACACAGGGACACAGUUUUUUGAAAUCAAGAAGAGCCGGCCACUCACUGCGUAAGAACAUUCCUCCCAUAGAUUUAUAGAAGUGUAUGCCAUGAGAUGUCAGUGUGUUUGCUCAUUUGUAGUCUUUGCUGCUAAUGCCUGGUGUGUGUGGAGCAGAUGCAUUUUGGGUUUAGUCCCAGGGCUUGUUGAAAAAAAAACACAGCAAGCAGCAGGGGCCUGGUUUUCCAGAGCUGGCUUUAUUAGAUUUAUUAGCACCAUGUUUUUCUCUUCAUGUAAAAUGUUGUUGUUUGAAAGAAGAAAAUCAAUAACAGCAGUUCUAUAUGGGCAGUAAAAGUGUGUUUGUUAUGUCAAAUUCUGCGCAGGUUGAUGGACAUCGCUAAAGAGAUGACACGAGAGGCUCUGCCAAUCAAAUGCCUGGAAGCGGUGAUCCUGGGGAUGUAUCCUUACCAGAACAGAUCAUUGUUACCUCACAUGACACUUGUUUAUUGUUACUACUUUAAAUGAGAGGAGCACCUUAGUCUGUGACUGGUUUGACCGUUAAACAGUUAAAUGUAGUGUAUCUUAGUGCAUGAUAUAGUAUAGUAUAUCGAAGCACAUUAUUUCACCCUUAGGGUUAGGGUCAUAUUGUGAUGUGUCAUAUAAACUUAUUUUGUAGGUGUUAUUCUGCUUUUUAAAUAUUUUGAAAACAGAUGUUAAAUUCAAAUAUUGUAAGUCUCAGACUGCAAGGUUUAUGUGUGUUUAAGUAAUCCCCAGAUUGGACUACAGGGUGUUCUGAAUUCAAAAAGUCACAUAAGAACUCAGCAAGAUUAAUAUGAGAUUUACCAAUUAAUGAUGUUACCACACAGUGAUUGUCCAUAAAAGGACAAAUUUGUCAUUUUAUAAAAAGAAACACAACUUUGUUGAACGGCAACAGUGAAGGAGGCUUCAGAAUGCUGAGUUCUGGAAUGCUGGGAGGCAUUAAAGGGACAGUAGUGUAAAUGAAGCACCUCAGACAAAGGCUUAAAUAAGUUUUGUGAAAGACAGCAGCUUUAAAAAGGUUCAGAAUUUGUUAAACUGUAAAUUAUGUAGUGCUGUUAAGAAGUUACAGAAAGACAAUUUAAAGCUGAAAAGUAAGCAUAAUACUCCAUCUUCAUAGAUGUUCUAAUACCAUAGACUUCCCUCCCUGUAUCAUUGCUGUUACCUAGACUUUGCUACUGGCCUCUCGGAUUUCCAAACACCAUAAAAGUAUUGAUGGAAAACCAUCAAUUACUGAGAACUGGCUUGUUUUUACUAACAUCAUACCGAUUACUGGCACCACACCGUUCUUUUUUGUUUCCAAAGCUUAACUGCACUAAACCUAUCGAUUUUUAGGGCUGAUGGGCAGUAGUUUGGAUAGAUGCAUCAACCAAUGCUGGUAUCAAGACAUCUCCAGCUUUGAUAUCUCCACUUUGCAUUGUUGUAUGUUCAUUGUUUUUCAUGUACCUGCUGGUGAUGUCUGUUAACAGACUUUACUUGUCUCUUUAAACUUUGCUAGAACAUCUUUAGAGUCACAAAUCAAACACCACUUUCUUUGACCUUCAUUCACUAGUUACCUGACCAACAGCAUGCCCGGAGUGGAGCGCUUCCCCCUCAGCUUUCAGUCUCACUUCUCAGGGAAUCACUUUCAUCACAUCGUGCUGGGAGUCCACAGCGGGGGACGCUUUGGGGCGCUGGGCAUCAGCCGAAGGGAGGACCUCAUGUUCAAGCCCCUUGAGUUUAGGACACUGAUGGACUUGGUGCAGGAGUUCGAAGGAGCCUACAGGGGCUACUGGCACACACUAAGGAAGGUCAGAAUCGGCCAGUAUGUGUCUCAUGAUCCUCACAGUGUGGAGCAGAUUGAAUGGAAACACUCGAUACUUGACGUUGACAAGCUGACCAAGGAGGAGCUGCGGAAGGAGCUGGAGAGGCACACUCGAGACAUGAGGCUGAAGGUACUACUCCAACACUAUAUUUCCUUUUUUUAUUCUCACUUCAAGCAUCAUUUUGCAUCAAGUAUAAGCUGACAGAGAUAUUGCAGGAUGAAAGACAAUGAGGAUUUAUAUAAUUUGUCCUCAGCAGAGCAGCUGCAGCCCUUCCUGGUUAUUACAUUUCUUUGACGUGCUGUCUCUUCAUGCACAGUGACACUGAGUUGACCCGCUGUUUGAGGAGUGAUGUCUCUCAAACGACGCUUUCUCAUCACCUCUCAUGCUAUAAUGAUGAAGGCAGCCUUGGUGCUGAGCUCUGUGUGUAAUAAAACUAAUGUGAUGGCUUCACUCUGUGCUGCUUGUGCUUCAUGCAUGGCUGGCUCAGUCCAUCAUUAGCUGAUCUUUUACAGCCAGCGCUCUGCAGAAAAAAGCUGCAUGGCGAGGACACAAGACACAGACUGCUCAUCCUUAAAUGAAAUUUUUGAUCAGAUAUUGUGUUAUCUGUUUUUGCAGAUCGGGAAGCCUGCGCCACCCUCUCCCACCAAAGACAGAAGAAACAGCAUGGGCUCACCCCUGCGAGGACAGAACAGCCCUAUACGCCGGAUCAGCCGCGUUGAGAGACGGUAUGAUUAAUCAUGUGUUCAAUGAUAAUUUUAUCCAUCACUAAAAAUACAGAUUAUGUUGCCACUGUGGUGAAAUGUUUUUAGCGACUGGAAAAUCUUUGGUUCAGUGAUGCGUCAUGAGCUGAAAUAGUCAUAUUUUCCCCGUCAUGUGAAUAAAACUCAUUGUCUCAUCUUUUUGGGGGAUUUUUUUAUUGCAGUCCCUCUGGCGAGAAGAAGGUUCUGGAGCAAAAGCCGUCCACUGACUUGAAUGGAUACCAGAUUCGAGUCUAAGGAAGAAGAACUCCAGUGUUAUUAAGUGAAAAGGUACCAAAACCAACUUAGUGGAGCCAUUAAAUUACUCCGAGGCUUGAGUCUUUGUACAAACUGGUCUAUUCACAGGAUGCAAUGUUGAAUAGGUCACCAGCAAGUUUCCCUCUAAAAACAAAUGCCUCAUUUAGCGUCCCCAUGUCUAUGUUAUUGAAGGCUUACUGGAGCACUUACUGUGGAUGGUAAUUGGUGCUGGCGAGGCUCCCAAAUUAUAAAUAAAGGGGGACAAAAAGUGCAGCACUUUGUUAACAUUUUGCUAAGUUUUUCCUAGAGAAAUACAACGCUGGGCAAGACCACCGUGCUACCGGACAUAUCAUAAGUUUCUGUGGUGUUUUUUAAGGUACAGCAAAAGCUUUUAAUGCUCGUCUGCAAUCUGUAUUGUCGUACUGUAAGUGUGCAAAUACUUGUGAUGUAAUUUUAAAUCCACUUGGGCUCUGCUGGGCAGCAACUGCUUGUGUUGUGACUAGUUUGCAAACCACUACCCUUGUGCCUUGUUUGAAAUUUCAGAACAAAGAGACUUGUUGUGGAUCCAAACCCUUUACUAUCAUUGCAUAACUCAACACUCUGCACUUCCAAAAUACUGAACACUAUUAGAAUAAAUUGAGAAAGACAUUUUUGACCUUUCAUAUCCAGAUGCUAGCAUGUUUCCCUUGUUACCGGUCGAAAACUAGAAUGAAUAUGGGAUUUUCAAUGCACAUUAUAUCGCAGUUUAUUAAAGAGUACGAAGGCGUCUGUUGAGUGUAAAUUUUAGAGACAGGAGAACUCUUUACUCCCAUUAAAAUUAUCAAGGUGAUUUUUGGCAAUCAAGCUGACUGAGCUCAUGUGCAUCUAAUGUAGAUGUAAAGUAAUGGAAGUCAGUUUUUAUGUACUGUAUGACUGCUUUAUAUAUACAUUGUUUCUAGCUUUUCUUUGUAGCACCUUUAUCCAAUAUUUCACUUGCCUUAAAAGGUAUCCAAUGACUGACUUCUGUUUUACGAGUAGAAAUGUUUGUUUGCACCACUUUUAUCUGCAUUUUGUAUUUUUUUAUGGAGGAUAUUGUCAUUUUAUACUACCUUCAGUGUUCCAGUAGACCACUCAAUAGUUACCACAAACUGUUUUGGAUUUAUUGCCACAGAAUACACUUAUAUGCAUUCAGUAUUGUUGAUGUCCACUUUGAUUUUAGUGCUCUAUAACACAAUUGUUUUGUACCAAAAGACAGCGGAUUUACAUAAUCACAAUAAAAGCUCACUCUGAUUGUGGCAACACCA